AAACUGUAACAUCUUUGGACCAAAAAGCACGUGUGUGAACUGUGAUGUAAACAUAAACAUGUGUAGCAAAGUCCACCAAUCGUCAAGUUAUUGAAUUGAGUGAGACUUAAACAAAAUUACGGACAAUGGAAACAGCAUGGGAAAAGUUAGAAGUCAGACUUUCAGCUCCUGUUCUGAAAGCAAUCAAGGAUCUUGGGUUUAAAUACAUGACACCAGUGCAGGCUGCCUGCAUUCCAUUACUGUUGAAAAAUAAGGAUGUCGCAGCUGAAGCAGUCACUGGAAGUGGUAAAACAUUGGCAUUCCUAGUUCCCCUUUUGGAAAUGCUUCAGCGUCCAGAUAAACUGAAACGGCAUGAAGUUGGUGCAAUAGUAAUUUCUCCAACACGCGAAUUAGCCACACAAACUAAUGAAGUCCUCUCACAUUUUCUGAAGUAUGUCAGUAACCUUACACAGAUUCUUGUUGUUGGUGGCACCACCAUUGUGUCAGAUGUGGAGAAAUUUCGUAGUAAUGGUGCCAAUAUCAUCAUUGCUACUCCUGGUCGCCUGGAGGAUCUCCUUACUAGACAACAGGACAUUAACCUUCCAGCUGCUGUGAAAUCUUUGGAGUUACUAGUUUUGGAUGAAGCUGACAGGCUGUUAGACAUGGGCUUUGAGAAGACUAUAUCUGUAAUACUGCAGUACUUACCACGGCAGCGACGUACUGCAUUGUUCUCUGCCACUCAAACUCGUGAACUAGAGCAGUUAGUACGUGCUGGAAUGAGAAACCCAGUACUUGUCUCUGUCAAAGAGAAGGGGAAACAAAGUGAUGUUUCUACACCAGCUUCCCUCAAGAAUCAUUACAUGAUAUGUGAACCAGAAAAUAAAAUGGCUUCACUUCUUGGAUUUUUCAAGGAAAAAGGAAGUGACAAGAAAUACAUGUUAUUCUUGUCCACAUGUGCCUGUGUCCAGUACUUUACUGUGGUCCUCAAUGAGUUACUAAAAGAUUUCAAAGUGUUCAGUAUACAUGGGAAAAUGAAGCACGCAAGAGGCAAAGUGUUUACCAAUUUUCGGAACUCUGACUCAGGAAUUUUAGCGUGCACAGAUGUAAUGGCCAGAGGUGUUGACAUACCAGAUGUCCACUGGGUGAUUCAGUAUGACCCACCAUCUUCUGCUGCAGCUUUUGUUCAUCGUUGUGGAAGAACUGCAAGAAUUGGAAAUGAGGGCUCUGCGAUAGUGAUGCUGAUGCCUACAGAAGAUGCCUAUGUGGAUUUUAUAUUAAGAAACCAGAAGGUUGUUCUGGAAGAUAUAGAACCAUCGCCCAUUCUGCCUGACACUUUGAGCAAAGUGAGGAAACUGCAGAAACUGGACCGUGACAUUCUUGACAAAGCUCUUAGGGCAUUUGUAUCAUACAUUCAAGCAUAUGCCAAACAUGAGUGCAAUGUUAUCCUAAGGCUUCAAGAUCUGGAUUUCGGCUUGGUAGCAAUGGGAUUUUGUCUUCUUAAAAUGCCAAAGAUGCCUGAACUUAAAAACAGAAAUAUUUCAGGCUUUGAAGAAGAGAAAAUAGACUUCAAUUCAAUUCCAUACAGAGAUCCAGUGAGAGAGGAAGCUCGCCAGAAAAAGUUGGAACAGUACAAAGAAACUGGUGUCUGGCCAGGGUCAAAGAACUUUAAAAGGAAACAGAAGCAAACUGAAGCCUGGUCACUCACUAAACAGCUAAAGGCUGAAAGAAAGGAGAAAAGGAGUAAGCGAGCUGAAAAACGAAAGCUGAAACAACAAGAAGGUAAAGUUAAAACAAAAAAGAAAAGAAAAACUUUAAGUUCGGAGGAGAUGGAGGAACUUGCCAGAGAUGUGGCUCUUCUUAAAAAGCUUCGGAAAAAGAAGAUAACAGAGGAAGAAUUUGAAGAGGAAUUCAUGAAUGAUGACUGUGAGUGAUUAAAUCUUAAGGAAGACAGUGUAAAUAUGUAUUUAUUGUACAUACUUUUAAUAAAGAUGUAUUUUA